AUGGUGAUUCAGUUGUGGAUUGCAGAAUGCUUAAUAAUACCAGAGCUGAAUAGUGAGAAAAGUUUGGAAAAAGUAGCUGAAGAAAACUUUGAUGAACUAGUGUCGAGGUCUCUAAUACUUCAACGAUCCAUUGAUGAUGAGUCAAAAGAGUUCAUUGGUGAUGAGGAAGUUUGCUUUGAAAUGCACGAUCUCAUCAAUGAUUUAGCUAUGGCAGUUUCAUCUCCAUAUUGCACUAGGUUGGACAAACAUAAGCCAGAUAUAAAGGUGCGAUACUUGACAUACGACAGAUUUGAAUAUAACUCAGACGAUAAAUUUGAAAAAUUGUAUGGAUUAAAAGGUCUACGAACUUUUCUACCCAUUCCGUUGCAAUAUAGAUGGGGUUAUGAUAAUUCUGUUUCGUCGAAGUUAUUUUCUGACUUGUUGUCGACAAUGACACAAUUACACGUGUUGUCUCUUUCAAACUAUAGAAAUAUCACAGAGUUACCCAACUCUAUUGGAAAUUUGGUUUACUUGCGAUACUUGAAUCUCUCCGAUACUUCGAUUAUAAUGCUUCCUUCAGAAACUUGCAAGCUUUACAAUUUGCAGACGAUGUUAUUGUCAAGAUGCGAGAAACUCACUGAAUUACCAAAAGACAUGGGGAAAUUGUUGAAACUACGCCACCUUGACAUCACUGGCACUAAGCUGAAGAAAAUGCCGGCUCAAAUAUCCAAAUUAGAAAGUCUACAAACAUUGUCGGACUUUAUUGUGAGCAGUGUCGAGGAUGUUGGGUUGAAGAUUGAAGAUCUUGGAAAAUAUCCCCAUCUUCGGGGAAGCCUUUCCAUCUCACAACUUGAAAAUGUAAUUGAACCAUCCGAUGCUUCCCAAGCAAACUUGGAGAUGAAAAAAGAAAUUGACAAGUUGGAACUAGGAUGGUCUUACAGUGCUCCUUCAAACUCACAAAUACAUAGUGUUGUAUUGGAACGAUUGCGUCCGUUGACAAAUUUGAAGAAUUUGACCAUCUCCGGAUAUGGUGGUGACAAAUUACCAAACUGGAUGAAUGAUCCUUUAUUUAGCAACAUGGUGUGUUUAAGGAUUUCAGGGUGUAAAAAAUGUUCAAGGCUGCCAUCCCUAGGGCAACUAGGUAGUCUUAAAGAACUUUUUAUUAGUGACAUGCAAUCAGUUAAGAGUGUUGGUACUGUCUUCUAUGAAAGUGGUUCUUCUUCAUUUCAACCAUUUACCUCUUUAGAAACUCUAAUCUUUGAAGAUAUGUCAGAAUGGGAGGAAUGGAAGUUGAUUGGAGGUACAUCCAUAGAGUUUUCUAGUCUUAUACGUUUGUCUCUAAAGCGCUGCCCGAAACUGAAAGAAAACAUACCUGGCAACCUUCCUAAGCUUCAAAGUUUGUCACUUGAAAAUUGUCCCGAACUUGAAGGGAUGACACCCAACAAUCUUCCUUCACUUGCCAACCUUAACUUAGGGGAUUGUCCCUUAUUGAUGGGGUCAAGACAUUCUAUUACAAACCCACCAUGUGACGUAUUCAGCCAAUUGGUGAUUUGUCUCAAUUCUCUUCAAAAGUUGACCUUACACGCAAUUUCAUCUCUAACAUCCUUUCCGAUAGACGGUCUUCCCAAAACCUUACAAUCUCUCUAUAUCAUUUCCUGUGAGAAUCUGGAAUUCUUUUCUCAUGAAUCUUUUCAUAAUUACUCAUCACUGGAGGAAUUGAAGAUAUCUGGUAGUUGUAAUUCAAUGACAUCAUUUACCUUGGGCUCUCUCCCUGUCCUCGAAAGAUUAUAUAUUUUCGAUUGUAACCAUUUAAAAUCCAUAUCAAUAGCAGAAGAUGCAUCGGAACCAAAUCUAGUGUUUCUAAGAAGCAUCACAAUAUGGAGUUGCAAUGAACUGGAGUUAGUUUCUCUAAGUGGGUUGCCAAUUCCUAAACUCACUUAUUUAAGUUUGCGGGACUGCGAGAAGUUAAGUUCUCUACCAGAAUCAAUAAAGACUCUAACUAGCCUUCAACAAAUGGAAAUUCGUGAGCUUCCAAAUCUCCAAUCCUUUUCCAUUGGUGAUUUGCCUAACAAUUUGCGGGAAAAGUCGGUCAGCAAAGUUGGAGGGAUUUUGUGUGAUACAACUUGGCAACAUCUCACUUCUCUUUCAAAGCUGACUAUUUUGGGUGAUGAUUUUGUGAAGGGGCUGAUGGAAAGCCGAGUUCCGUUUCUACCCACUAAUCUUGUUUCAUUAUAUAUCUAUAAUCUUGAAGAUAUAGAAUGCUUGGAUGGAAAGUGGCUUCAACAUCUCACCUCUCUCCAUGAACUUUACAUUUCUUUUUCACCCAAGCUCAAGUCGUUGCCAGAAAAGGGGGAUUUGCCUUCCUCUCUUAAAAAACAUCAUAUCACAUGGUGUCCAUUGUUGAAAGAAAAUUUGCAGAGGAAGAAAGGGAAAGAGUGGAGUAAGAUUUCUCACAUUCCCUCAAUAUAUAUAGACUUCAAACUUUUCAAAUAAAUUAUUACAUCAAGGUAGAUCUGUCCAAUGAUUUUCCCUACAAAUCUGAAUGACCGAUAUCCGGAAAAUUUCCAUACAUCUGUUGGGAGAUCCUCCACAUCAGUCAAGACACAUUCAUCCUAUAUUAGAGGCAUUCAGAAUUGGAGCAUCCCCGCCACCUUCAAGGAACAAAAGAGAGCCAUCUAGGAAAGACUCAAGAGUUUAAUUGAUCAUAGCAACAACUUUGCCUAGUUUUGUUGGAGACAUUGCAACACCUUUUUAUUGAUUUUUGUUUUUUGAUAAGUGAAUAGGUUACUUGAGUUCAGUUGCUGUAGUAAAAUGUAACAUGUAAAACAUAAAUAUGACUAAUAAAACGGAACUGCAGCUGCUCUGUAGUCGGAGACGUAGGCACAAUUGGCCGAACUUCGUUAUCAAAUAUCGUGUGUUCUCUUUAUGUAUUUUUUUCGUAUUUGUUUAGUUUUGAAUUGGAAUUGUUGUUCUAAUAAUUUAAAAUACAUUGAAUUUUGAACUCUCUUCUUGACCUGUAAUGAUGUCAUGAGUUUGCCAAAAGUAUAUCACAACAAAAUGAUUAGUAUGUGGCUGAAAACUUGGAUGAAGAAAUGGCAAACAUGUGUGUUUAACUGUUUAUUAAUGCAGUUCUCUGGUGAACAUUGAUCUUGAGAAGCAAGGGAAAUGUCACAUAAAAUGAGUGUUUUCAUAGUAUGGACUGGUAAACAUGCUGGCAUUAAAUUUGCUUAGAGUGUGGAGUUUGUCCAUAUUACUAAGAAAAGGAGAAUGAUCAAAUUUUAGGUAUGUCUGUCUUUAUAGGCGAAGCUUUUGUUUUAUUUCAAGGGCUUAUUUUAUGUAUAACACAUGAUGGGUAUAGUUGGAUGACUAAACUGUUCUUUUUAGAGAGGCUUAAUAUUUGCAGGUGAAUGGUUUGCAUGCAUUUUGUGUUACGACGUACAGAAGUGCAUCGUUCGCCACAGCCGUGAUUGUUACCAACACAGCGGUGCAUGGCUCGACACAGCCGUGAUUGUUACCAACUUGUGCUUCAGUACAUUAUGGAUUCGGUUGGCCUUAACAAGUGACAUGAAUCUUGACACAAAUACCUUCGAUAAUCUGUUCCAUAUUUGUAAUCGUGAAUGAAGCCUCAACUCAAGCAUCUGAUCAUUAUAACAAUCACCUUCAUUCCUUGGAUUACCUAGUACACAAGAAACCAAAUUAGUCAUUGAUACUAAUGAUCAUUACAGCCAGCACCAUCACCCUUAUUUUUUAUUUAUUUUUAAAUUAGACUCGUUUUUUAAAAAUUAGAACAGAGUCUUCAUAUUGAUUGGUCCGACUAUGCCAACUAGUUUUUUUUUUGUUACAUGUAUAUGUGGAUUUGUUGUUUACAUGUAUGUUGAUUGCAGCUUUUUCUUCUAUACGUUGCAACAACUUAAUAAUUCUUGUUAAGCUGCAUUUCCUUCUUCUACAUUGCAUUUUCUGCAUCCAGUCUUACUAUCUUACUUUGUUGAACUAAGUCAUGGCGGCUAUUGUUGGAGGAGCACUUCUUGCAUCUGCGAUGGAGAUGUUGGUGAAAAAGAUUGUUUCUCGUGAAUUAUUGAAUUAUUGAAUUCUCGCAACAUUCAUUAUGUUUUCAACAUCUGAACCACAGUUUCCACCAAUUGUUCUCCGCUUAGUCAUUAUCGUUGUUGCGCUUACUCAGUUCGCCAACUCAAGGUAAGACUUUUUCCCUCCAAUUUUCAGUUAUUGAAGCUUUGGUAACUAAUUUAGAAGGUUUUGUCGGUUAGACCUACUAUAUCACAUUGAAUUUUCAAGAUGAGCAACCAAAAAAAUCCAAACAUGACAUUGUCGUUUUUUUGCUUCUCAUGUGAAUACUUCCUGGUCUUUUGGAACGAAUAAAUGUAACACUAAAUGCAAGUGAUUAUCUUUGGUAUACAAAUAGUGUUGAUAUAGGUUAUCCUUUCUACAUGGAGGCGAGCUCCCGACUCUCGUUGUUCCGUCCACAAGCCAUGUUGUUCAUGUUUUCAUCAAUUGCCAACUUUCUAGUAUGUAAAUUUACUUGCAUUCUGUUUAUACCUAUUUCUACCUGAUUUUUAAAAGUAAAGAUAUACAUGAUUAAAACUAGGUUCUACCUAUGCAUAUUGGCAAGUUAAACCUUCGUGCUGGAACAAACAGAAUAGCUCUUCUCAGUGUUGCAAUCAGACUUC